GCCCCCGCCCCUGCCGCUCUCCGCGGCCUCCUGGGGCCCCGGGAGUCACUCGGGUUGCCCUUCGGCCCACGUGGCGCUGGGACACUCGGCCCGGGAACCGAGCCGGGACCGCGCAGGAGGCCACAGCGGCGGGUCCCGGCGCUGAGCACGGGCUCCCGCUGCCUCUGCGAAUCUCCGUGCGGCCCCCACAGUGCCAGUGGGGGUGCGCGCGCCCGGGCAGAAAAAUCAUGUCCAGACUGGGGCUCCGUUUGGCUGCCUGUUUACUAAACAUUUCAGAAGCCAGAAGAAAAUACAUUGUUGAGAACAUAGCAAAAGCAGCUCUUCUUGACAAAAAUGGGCAGAAACAUCCUGAAGUGACAGUGCUCAAUAUAUUUUCUGAUCAAGACUAUAACAGAUCAGUCAUUACAAUAGCAGCUUCUGUUGAUAAGUUGGGCAGUGCUGUUCUGGCUGCUUGCUUGGAGGCCUUCUGUGCUAUUGAUAUGGAGGUUCAAGAGGGAAUCCACCCUUGCCUGGGAGCCGUGGACCUCAUUCCGAUUUACCCGCUCUCGGGUGUUGGAGUGGAAGAGUGUGGAGUGGUGGCAAGAAGCCUUGCUGAGAGCAUGAUCCUGCACGUGCCUGGCUGCAGCGUGUUUCUCUUCGGUGAAGCCGACCUGCCUGAGAAGCGCAGUCUCGUCCAGAGAAGGAAGCAGCUGGGCUGGUUCAGAAGGAGGGAUUUCAGUGCUCUUGAGCCUGACCUGGGAGCUGCCCCUGCCCGGAGAUGUGGUUUAACAGGUGUUGGUGCUAGCCCGUAUGUGAUGAACUGCAACGUGACCAUAGAUUCUCAAGACUUGUCUGUGGGAAGAGAGAUCGCUAGUGUCAUUCGGGGCUCCAGUGCAAAUGGAUUGAAGGGUGUCCAAGCGAUGGCUUUUCCCCACGAAGGGAAAAUUGAGAUAGCUUGCAAUGUGGAGAGUUUUGAAGACCAAGAAGCUACAGAAAUCUCACAAGACUCUCAGUAUAUGACUUACAGUGUCCUUGGCAACCAUUUUUCUUAUGUGUCUCCUCAUUACAUAGAAGCUCAAGUUAAAAAGUUGGCCGGUGAUCGGGGAAUUGGUACCAUAGGGGGAGCAUUAGUUGGAUUUACACCCCAAGAGUGCAAGAGCUGUGCUGAAUAUGCUAUAAAGGAAAAUAUUGGGGAAUUCUGGAAGCUUCGGGGAGGUGUUUUCAUGUGAUCCAAUCUAAGGCUUCCUUGAAAUUUUACAGAAAAUUAUUAGUCAUUACAAGUUUCUUUUGGCCAGUGAAGAUAUAGGGAAGCUGCAAAGAGCUUGGUUGUAGCUGUGUAUUAGAAAAUUGGAAGCAUUUUUUUUGUUUAGCAACAACAACAAAUGUUCAUAGAUUAUCCAUAAUCACCCUAUGGUAUUUCUCGUCAUCAUUAAAACUUUGAAAGAACCUAAUCGGUAUCAGUUACUAGUAACUUGUGAGCAUUAGAAGCUCUCUUGAAUCAGCUGGGUAAAAUGGCUAUGGUGGCUACCUUAUUGUGGAAAAAAAAAAAACACCUAAACUGGAGUUGAUUUGGUUUUCCUGAAUGAAAUCUUAAGUUCCACAUUCAACUCUCAUUUCUUUGAGUAAACAUUCUUUUAAAGUAUGCAUUAAAAAAAAUCAAGUACUUACUAAGUGACUAAAAAGU